GCAGAAGACAUGAAGACCUGAGACUUGACCACAGCCUCUACAUGGCCGCCACGCCACUGAUGCCUUGGGGACAACACAGAAGAAACCUAAUUUCGGGCAAAACAGAAGCUGAAGGUAUUUACCUGGCUAAUCUGAAAUAAAAAAUGGUGUCUAUACUCCUCCAUCACAUCCACAUAAUCACCGCCUUGAUCCACCAGGCCCACAGCGGUGCAUUCUACAGGAGCAAGGCACCGCCUCAGCAACACCAGGCCCGGCCACAGUACAAUGAUGGCCACCCUCAGCAGCCCUUCAUAGGGAAUGAGAUGCCAUUCCUGGGUCAGUAUGUACAGGAGCUCUCUCAGCUGCCAUUUCAGUUGGGCAAAGAGCGACUACUAACUGAAAGCAAAGGGCAAACAUUUCCCAGAGGAGCCAAAGGCCCACCUCUCCCUGUUUCUAAAGGAGAUGGUGUCAGAGUUGGACUUCAGGGAGUUCAAGGCCCACUGGGACCAUCAGGGCCACCAGGACCUCAAGGACCACCAGGACUUCCAGGCCAGGGGAUGCAGGGAAUGCCAGGAAAGGCAGGUACUCCUGGUCCUCGAGGAUACCAAGGAAUCGGAAAACCAGGAAUGCCAGGAUUACCUGGAAAACCGGGAGGACCUGGUUUGCCGGGGCCACAGGGUGAUCCAGGACCCAGUGGUGGUGAAGGGCCAAAUGGACUUCCUGGUCCUCCAGGACUUCCUGGUCCACCUGGGCUCCCCGGGAUUUCAAAGGCAGGAGGUCAAGGCCUGCCUGGACAACCAGGUCUUCAAGGAGAGCCAGGGCAAAAAGGUUCCCCUGGGCUUACUGGCCCACCAGGCCCCAAAGGAGAAAAAGGACUUGGAAUACCUGGUUUACCCGGAUUGAAAGGACUUAGUGGACCACCGGGUCCACCCGGACAUGCUGGGGUCUCUGGGAUUGGAAAGCCUGGCAUAAAUGGUCUUCCUGGGCAGCCAGGAAUACCAGGAAAACCCGGUCUUCGUGGCGAACCAGGACCAGAAGGACCACCUGGUGAUAGAGGGCAACCUGGGCUACCGGGUGUCUCAGGAAUUGGAAAACCAGGGAAGGAUGGCUUUCGAGGGCAACCAGGAAUUCCUGGUGGAAAAGGUGAAGCUGGCACUCCAGGAUUACCAGGAAGUCCAGGUUUGCCUGGUUAUGGCAAACCAGGAUUUCCAGGACCCAAAGGUCACAAGGGACACAGUGGGUUCCCUGGAUCUCCAGGCCCAAAAGGAGAUAAGGGUCAUGGAGGUUUUCCAGGUGUUAUCGGUCCCACUGGUUCAAGUGGUAGACCAGGCCGACCUGGCCCAAUGGGGCCUGUAGGUAGCAUUGGCUUCCCAGGUCAGAAGGGAGAAGAUGGUGAUGGUGGACCAAAAGGAAAACCAGGAUUAAAAGGGGAUUUAGGACCACCAGGCCUUGCAGGACAGCCAGGGUUGAGAGGCGAGGCGGGACAACCUGGUCUGAGAGGCCUUCAAGGACCAAUUGGCCGCAAGGGGGAACCUGGCAGUAGGGGGUUAUCUGGUGCCCCUGGUACUGCGGGAUUAACUGGACCAAGAGGAGAAGGCGGACAACCUGGUGACAUGGGGCAAGAGGGACCACAAGGGAUUCCAGGACUUACAGGACCAAGUGGACCAAUUGGACCUCCUGGGCUGCUUGGUCAAAAAGGGGAAACAGGCCCUCCUGGGUUGCCUGGCUAUCCUGGGGAUGGAAUACCAGGACCUGCUGGCCAUGUUGGUCCUAAGGGUAACUCUGGCCCUAGUGGGCCUCCUGGACUACCUGGACUACCAGGACAACCUGGACCCCCUGGUCCUCCUGGAUCUCCGUCUGUAUACCCUGACCUUGGACAGACCUUGCCAGCUUCAGGUCCAUACCAUGGCCAGAAACAAGUGUACAAGAAACAGAAUGGCGCCCAUGUUGGUGGUAAUGCUUUGGAAAUGCCAGCUUUCACAGCAAAGAUCACCGAUCCGUUUCCACCUGUUGGUUCUCCUGUCAUUUUCGACAAAGUUCUAUACAAUGGCAAUCAGGACUACGACCCUCAAAAUGGUCUUUUUACCUGUAGCGUGCCAGGAAUUUACUAUUUUGCUUACCACGUCCACUGCAAAGAAAAUAAUGUGUGGAUGGCGCUGAUGAAGAACAAUGAGCCUGUCAUGUACACUUACGAUGAGUGCACCAAGGGCUUGCUGGAUCAGGCAUCGGGGAGCGCAGUGCUCCCACUACAGCAGGCUGACACUGUGCAUGUUCAGCUUCCAUCUGACCAGGCAGCAGGACUUUAUGCUAGUCAGUAUGUCCACUCCACAUUUUCUGGAAACUUAUUGUACCCAAUCUAAGUGACACAUCUUAAAGCUGGAAAUGUACAACUAAAGCUUUGUGUGCUAUGGCAACAAUAAGAAAUCGGGACAGAUAUUGCAUUAAAAUCAUUAAGUACACAUGAACGUCACUUUUCGCUUUCACGGUAUUGCAGCCUGAUUAUUGCAGAGGUGUGCUUUGAGCUGGUUACAAUAAAAGGCCACUCCAAAAUGUGCAUUUUUUUAUUCAAGCUGCAGUGUAUCUCAAUUGACUUUGGGCGAUCCGAUUCACCCUGGAUCAAUCACUAAUCAAUCACAUUUAGUUUUUGCUUUGAAUGUGAAUGAUUCACUCAUCAAA